GUCGCAGUCAAAGGGGGUGAGGGCAAGCCCAUGGCUAGCCUUUCCGAGGAUGAGAUGCUGUGGCUCCUCAAGAUGUUCUUCUGGCCAGAGCUUGGAUACACCAUUCUGAUUUUCACAAUCAAGUGUUCAAUCCUCCUUUCGCUGAAGCGGAUCUUUGGGAGGGUGCGCUGGUUCCGUUUCGCCCUAUGCAGCAUCGCCUUUCUCACUACUGCAUGGUUCAUCGGAGUUUUUUUUUCUGUCUUGUUUCAAUGCGUACCUGUGGACAAAGCAUGGUUACCCACAAAGCCCGGGCACUGUAUCGAUUUGCUGCCGUUUCUGUGGGGUAACUCAAUCUCGAAUAAUUUGAUUGACUGGAUGAUCCUGUUUCUGCCUGUGCUGCCAGUCUUGAGACUGCAGAUGUCUGGAUCGCAGAAAGUCGUACUUUUGGGCUCAUUUGCUCUCGGCUCAGUCGCCUGCGUUGCCAGCCUCGUCCGCGCUGUCUCGACUGCCACGAUUGAUGUGAAUGACCUAUCAAAAUCAGUUUUCAUGGCUUCAAUAUGGACGUAUAUUGAGCCCAGCAUGGGGAUUAUCUCCGCCUGUCUUCCAUUCCUGUCGUCCGCGAUCGGGCCGAAACUUGGAGUGCUAUGGAGUUUCUUCGAAAGGAGC